AACCGGUGUUAUCAAACGCCGUUAACUUUUCCUCGGUAAAAAAUGAAAUCCAGGGUAAACUUCUCCGGGAAAAAAGUCGGACCCCGUUGAGGGCUUGCUCGACUCCUCCUUCGACUCUCUGCCUUCUUCUUCGACCGCUCGCCCGACCGCUCGCCGUGCGCCACUGCCGCCACUCUGCAUCCAGCCAUUGCCGUGGUCCUUCGGAAGUUGAGAUACACGUGAAAGCAGGGCAAGUUAAUAAUUUGAGAUGGGUUUGGUAUCUCAGAAUGCUCUAUCUAGGAAGCGGUCAAGUGACAAUAAUCAAGCUAACCUCAAUCAAGAUAAUGCUGGAGAAACUGGUGAUGCUUCUGCAGAUCCAAAAAGUCAAAGAAGGAAACAAAAACGUGAUGCUUCUGCCAAAAAGAAGGAACAUAAAGUUGCCAGUGAGAUGCAGGAGAUGAAGAAGCUGGAGGGCUUCCUGUUUGGCCCUCUUCAUUCUUCUGUUGGAUUUGGUAAAGAGGCGGCAAAAGAUACAGGAGAAGAUAUGAAUGAGGAUGGUGUUUUUUUGUCUAAAGAUUGGUCAUCUGCUACUGAUGUUAUUCUUCAUGAGGGUAAUAUUCUUCAUGAGGAUAAUGAGGUAGACAGGGAAGCUUCCAUGAGUGAUGAAGAGAGAGAGCCACACGAGACAAGGAAACCUGUAUGGAUUGAUGAAGAAGAACAAGUAGCGAAAAUCAACAUAGCCAAAACCAACAGGCUAAGAAAAUUAAGGGGAGAAGAAGGUGAGAUAUUGGUCAGUGGAGCUGAUUAUGUUGCAAGAUUAAGGUCACAGCAUCUUAAGCUGAACCCCAAAACUGAGUGGGCGGAGCUUGGGUGGAGGUCUGAGAGAGAUGCUUUUGAUGACGAAUCAGAUGAAGAGAAUGAAUCAGUCCGAGCUCAAGGUCAUGGUGCCAAUGGCAACAACAUCCUUUUGUCGAGUGAGGAUGCAGUAGUAAGGAGCACAACAAAAUUAUUGCCUGGGCUCCUUGAGUUCUCAAGAUUGAUAGAUGGCAAUGCAGAGGACCCUUCAAAUGGCCCCAUUACAUCAGUUGAGUUCCACAGGAAUGCCCAGUUGUUGCUUACAGCUGGACUUGAUAAAAAGCUUAGAUUCUUUCAGAUCGAUGGAAAGAGAAACACUAAGAUACAAAGCAUUUUUCUUGAGGAUUGUCCCAUUCGUAAAGCUUCAUUCUUGCCUGAUGGAUCACAGGCCAUCAUCAGUGGAAGAAGGAAAUUUUUUUACAGUUUAGAUAUAGUAAACGCCAAGGUUGACAGAGUAGGCCCAUUGAUGGGCAGAGAAGAGAAGAGCUUGGAAUCGUUUGAAGUAUCCCCUGAUUCUAGUACUAUUGCAUUUACCGGCAACGAGGGAUAUAUUCUUUUAGUCUCUUCUAAAUCUAAGCAGCUAAUUGGAACUCUAAAAAUGAAUGGAACUGCCCGAUCCUUGGCAUUUGCUAAUGAUGGACACCAGCUGUUGAGCUCGGGUGGAGAUGGGCAUAUCUACUCUUGGGACCUUAGGACAAGAAAAUGCUUCCACAAGGGCAUUGAUGAUGGUUGCAUUAAUAGCUCUGCUUUGAGUGUUUCAAAAGAUAGUACUGUCUUUGCUGCAGGUUCGGAUAGUGGAAUUGUUAAUGUUUAUAACCGGGAUGAGUUUCUUGGAGGCAAAAGAAAACCAAUGAAAGCUCUUACCAAUUUAACUACUAAAGUGGACGGGUUGCAGUUUAAUCAUGAUGGUCAAAUCCUGGCCACCUUUUCAAGCAUGAAGCGUGAUAGCGUAAAGUUGGUUCAUGUACCAUCUCUGAGUGUAUUCUCAAACUGGCCCCCUUUGAAACAUAACCUGCAGAAUGUGCAGUGUUUAGAUUUCAGUCCUCGUGGAGGUUUGAUGGUCCUAGGAAAUGCUGCUGGAAAGGUGCUGUUGUAUAAGCUUCACCAUUAUGAACAUGCAUAAUUUGAUAGUAAUCAUAUAAAUUUUCUUCUUUGCAAUCAUAUGGCUCAUUUGAAUUAUGUCUUAUCCUUGAAUACACAUUGUUCUAAACAUUUUUGUCAUGCCACAGCCUCCCUUUGGAGUUCUAAUGUGUAUGUGGUAAUAACAAUGCAUGUCUUUGCAAAAUAUUGCUUUAAUUGGAAGAACUUUGCAAUAAUGCUAUUCUUACAUUA